AUGGCUCCAAGCAGAGAACCAAAUUGUUCAGGGAAUUUGUCAACUGGCUCUGCAACCGAAAAUUUUCAAAAAGAUGCAGCCGAAGCUUGGGGCAUCGACGAAGAUGUGUUGUCAAAUGACGAGUCAAAAAAUUCAAACUAUAGCGAUGAAUUGGAUUUCAGCAGAUACGCCAGUAUUGAUUAUUUAAACUUGCCGCAACCAUCAGCGCCACCAAAUCGUACCAAUGUAAAAGGCGACAUAAAUUCCUUAUCUUCUCCUCUCCAUUCGCUAGCAACCAGACAAAGAGUAGAUACGUUUCGGCGCUUGCUGGAGCUGUCCCAUACAUCAUCAGAUGGAAUGGUUCCAGAACUCCAGCGCCACAUGAACCCGAUCAAUAGUUCCACUGAGAAAAAUGCCGAAAUUUCAGAGUACCCCACUUGCCCUUCAACUCAAGCAAUCGAUGAUGCUCUAACCCCGGUGAACAAGCCUCCUGUCCAACCGCAUGCCUUUCCCAACGAAAACUCUCCAAUCCUUGGUAGCUCUCCGAUUCCAAUUAUUAAUGGGUAUCCCCAGACACCCGAUGAUCUGAAAAUCGAUUCUCCAUACAAUCAAGAUUUCUUGCUUGAAGAUACAAGAGCUGUUAUGCAGAGACAUUCUGAUUCAUUUUUAGAAGAAAUGCCAAAACUCUGGCCUUGUUCAAAAAGUAGUAAUAGCGAUGAUGUAAUCUUUGAUGAAAAAACCUUUGGAAAUGGUGACGAGGGAGAGGCUGAUGAAUUGCUAAGCGACUAUGAUGAUAACCUUACAAAACAUGAUACAAAAAUUCCAGCUUAUCAUCAAUUAAAUGCUGGUGAAAGCGCUUUAGGUGAAUUGAUUUCUGAUCUUUCUUUGCUAAGCUGUGAAGGAAAAGUUUCCGAGGAUGGGAAAUGCGCUGAGAUUGGGAAAUCAGCCGACGGUAAGAAAGCUGUUGAGGUUCAGAAACCGGCAGAGGAUAUAAAAGUUGUUGAGAUUGAGAAAGAGCCAGCUUUAUCUGUAGUUUCCGAGAAAAUAUGCUAUGAUGAUCACAUUCCCUUCUCACUUGAAAGUACACCUAUUGAUACUUCUUUAAUGAAGGACCGUAUUUUUUCAUCUGCAAACAAAAAUCAUCAAGACGAUAGCUCCGAAAUGCAGUCUUUUCCAGAUGAAAGUACCUCUUUUGAGGAUGAUCCAUUUGUGAUGAAAAAACAAUCUCCUUUUCCUCUUCUCGAAUCUGACAAAGCAUUGAGCUCUUUUGAGAUGGCACCUAAAAUUGCAGUUCCCGAAAAAAAUUCCCCCAUCACUACCAUAGACAAAAGUCACCCCUGUUCAAUAGACGGAAAUCUUGAUCCACAAACUAACUCUUCUCAAAAUGAUGCAAAACUUAUACCAACCGAUCCAAACGACCACUCAAGCACCGGUGUUCCACUUGACUUCUUGAUAUCAGAAUCAUCAAAUGGAGAUUGGCUAUCGCGAUUUUUGGAUGGAAACCAAGGGGUUUCAGACACACCAUCCAACACUCCUGAUGUGGAUGCGUCUGUGGUUCUUGAAAAAGAGGCUGGUCAUGGUUUAUCGCAUGGAAAUGCUUACCCUCCCCAAGUUGGCGACCAAGAUCCAUUAUCUUCUGUAAGGGAGCAGAUUUUUUUCGAUGAUUCAUUUAAAUCUAUCGAUACUUCAUCCUGUGACGAUGUCUCUUCUUGUGAGGUUGCUUCAAAUGGCGAAGAUGACUAUAGACUUGAAAAUGACACUCUUUCUUACGCCUCAGAUUCUGGCUCAGAGUCACAAGGACUUAUUGACGUUUCACGAGUCCACCCAUGCAUCUCUUUUUCUUGGUCGCAGGAUGGGAAGGCAGUGGGUGCUGUUUCGUUUCCAUAUCCACAAAUAAGAGUUGUCAAAGACCUUUCUGCAAAUGUGUUUUUCAAAGCAAUUCUUUACAGGGCAGGCUCUACACACGCAUUUAGUCGUCUUUGCCUAAAAAAGGACCCAAAUUGGGAGAAAAAUUACUUUUCAACUCAAGGAUUUUUAUUGUGCGCCACACAUCCAGAUCCCUCCGAAAAUGAGCUCUUAUGUGAAGAGAUUCUUCUGUCAGACUCGGAAAUUCAAUUGACUAAGCUUUCAGAUUCUCUAUGCUUUUUUAUGGAAAGUCAAUUUAAAACAGACAACACGUUGUUCCAUUUUGAGCGUCGUUUAUUUUGCGCAUUUCUCCAAUCUCUUUUAAACCUGCAAAAGCAACCGCAAGAAGAUACAGAUUCCAAUCGCUCGAAAGAUUCACCUCUUCCCCCGUUGAUUAGACAUCUUGCCGAUCAACUGCGCAACGGCAUUAUGCAAGCAAUCGAUUGCGAAAAUGGCGGCAGUGUGACCGAAUUGGAGACCCUUAAUCGACUUUUACUAUUUGAGAAGCAAGAAAAUGGGGACUCUGGCGAAGAACCGUUGGUUGAUGAUCAGAUAGAGCUUUUGAGGUACUGCCUGGAUAGACCGGUCCUUCUUGUGUUGUUUGGCUCUUCGUCUUCCGCAGCUAGAUCUUCGUCUUUUAUUUCACAAAUCGGUUCACUUAUCAAGGAGCAGUUUCCAAGCCUUGAAGUCGAUGAUUGGAUAGUGGACCCUGGAAUCGGAAUUGAGGGUGAUUCAAAAUACCAUAAAUCGGCACGUGCUCCUUUCCUUGAGCUCGUAUUUAGGGCAUAUCUUAUUUACGAUCAAUGUAAUUUGGGUGUGCAAUGGCUAAAGAGAGCAACGCUCCGAGACCCGGGCUACCUUGUCCAAAGAUGGCCAUAUUUGCUUUUACAUGCGCUGCAAAUUCGCCCUCCAAAUGGAAACCCCUCUCUUUAUUUGAUGCUAGCAAAGACCUUUCUAGAGGUCAAACUUGCUUGGGCGAGUCAACUAUCAUUUACACUGGCAAUUUGGGCAGAAGAAUCUCCUCCAAAAAACACAAUUCCUAUCGUCCUAUUCCACGACAGCGUAAUCAACUCGAAUGUUUCGCUUCAUCUUCAAUGGCUGCGUUCGUAUGCGGCGUGUGUAUUCCUUCAGGCUGCUCUGAGCCCCUUUAAAAUAACUUUGAAAGAAACGCUUGAAAAAAAGAGGAAUAUCAUUGCCUCCAAAUGGUCAGAAUUCACCUCAAAAUAUACUUAUCGCUUUGGGAAAGAAGGCGUUCCAACCAACCCAUCAUGUGCAAACGAAGAAGCACCCUACAAGAGGACCGCUACAGAUCAUCUCCCUGGCGCCUCAAUAAUUGGGCCUGGUGUGACACCUCUUGUCCCUGCAAUGGACGAAAAAUCAUUGGUUCAACCAAUAAUUCCAGCAAUGAUCCCGAUGACCCAACCUCCCCGAUUUCCGGCGACCAACUCGUUCAUUCCUCCCCCAAUUUUGGAAAAUUACAGAAAUGGUCCACCCACUUGUUUGGAUGGCCUAACUUUAGCCAGUAACGAAGGUGCUUCUGUAGCUUCAGAACUUGCCACAGAAAAUAAGUUUAGGAUAGCACCGGAGCCUACGGCUGCUUCUGAACCAUUAUUUGGAAAAGAUCACAUGCACCUUUUUGGAGGUGAACCGAAAGUUGCGUUUGAAAAGAUGCAGGUUGAAACUUCUGAAGGCAGACAAAGUCCAUCCGCAGAAAAUGGUGUGUCAGCGAGACCAGUAGAGGAAAAUGAAAGCCAAAGCCUCGAUGGGGAAGAUCCAACUUUUGAGAUUACCAAAAAUACGUUUCAAUCGAAUUCUUCUCUGCUUGAGUCCAUUAAAAGCUUCUUUUCAUCUACUUCCCUGGGGGAGCGAGGUGGGUCCCGUAAGGUGCGGGCAGAUCUUGGCUCGGCAAAUCAACUUGUCUUUGACAAGGAGCUUGGUCAAUGGAUUAACCCAAAGCAUCCUCGCCCAGAGCCCAAAAAGAUAAAACCGCCCCCAUCUGCAGCUUCUGUGAACCUUUCCCAACAGCAUGCAUCGCAUGUUGCUAACGAGCCUCAACAAGUUGAGCAAAAAGACAUAACAACCCCCUUUACACAAUCAAAGUUGGCUUUGAAGCCCCAGCCAGAACGUUCAUCGCCACUUUCCUUAAACGCCUCUUUAACGAGUUCUUCAACCAUUUCAGCUCCAGUUAUUACAAAUAGUUCUAUGCAAGCACCUAUGGAUACCAUACAAACCAUGCCUCAGGAUCAGGGACAAUAUGGGAUGCAUAGCACUAUUGCCAAUUUUGAUGUCAGCAGCAGCGAGCUUCAAACGUCCAUGGCCAUCACUGGCAGCUCCGUUGUUAGGAAAGCUGGUUCUCAAAGGAAAAAAUAUGUUGAUCCAUUCAACCUUACAACGCCAACGACCUAA